CUUGCUUAGGCCUGAGCCCCAGAAGCUGCUAGAACCAUCCAUGGCCUCUCCAUGGCCAACCUGAGCCUGCUCUGAGUCUCCAGGCCCUGCUUGGAAGACCUUGUGGGCUCUAGGCUGAGUCUGGGGAGCCCACAGAGCCCAUGGGUCUGGACACCCACACUCCGCAGCACUAAAACAGUAAAGUUAAAAGCGCCCUUUGAAUCAGCUGGUCAAGUCCCCGAUUUACAGAUGAGGAAACUGAGGCCCAGACAGCAGGAAGUCGUCCUGCCCAGGAUACACAACCGGGCCGGCGGCGGCGGCUGCCCCGAGGGACGGGGCCCUAGGCGGUGGCGAUGGGGGCCGUCCGGAUCGCGCCCGGCCUGGCGCUCCUGCUCUGCUGCCCGGUGCUCAGCUCCGCAUACGCGCUGGUGGAUGCAGAUGACGUCAUGACCAAAGAGGAGCAGAUCUUCCUGCUGCACCGCGCCCAGGCCCAGUGCCAGAAGCGGCUCAAAGAAGUCCUGCAGAGGCCAGCUGACAUAAUGGAAUCAGACAAAGGAUGGGUACCUGCCUCCACAUCAGGGAAGCCUAAGAAGGAGAAGGCAUCUGGGAAGCUCUACCCUGAGUCCGAGGAGGACAAGGAGGUGCCCACUGGCAGCAGGCACCGAGGGCGCCCCUGCCUGCCCGAGUGGGACCACAUCCUUUGCUGGCCGCUGGGGGCACCAGGUGAGGUGGUGGCCGUUCCUUGUCCCGACUACAUUUAUGACUUCAAUCACAAAGGCCAUGCCUACCGUCGCUGUGACCGCAAUGGCAGCUGGGAACUGGUGCCUGGGCAUAACCGGACAUGGGCCAACUACAGCGAGUGUGUCAAGUUCCUGACCAAUGAGACUCGUGAACGGGAGGUGUUUGACCGCCUGGGCAUGAUCUACACCGUGGGCUACUCGGUGUCGCUGGCCUCCCUUACCGUGGCUGUGCUCAUCCUGGCCUACUUCAGGCGGCUGCACUGCACGCGCAACUACAUCCACAUGCACCUAUUCCUGUCCUUCAUGCUUCGCGCCGUGAGCAUCUUCGUCAAGGACGCGGUGCUCUACUCGGGCGCCACGCUCGAUGAGGCCGAGCGCCUCACCGAGGAAGAGCUGCGCGCCAUCGCCCAGGCGCCCCCGCCGCCCGCCGCAGCCGCCGCCGGCUACGCGGGCUGCAGGGUAGCUGUGACCUUCUUCCUUUACUUCCUGGCCACCAACUACUACUGGAUUCUUGUGGAGGGGCUGUACCUGCAUAGCCUCAUCUUCAUGGCCUUCUUCUCAGAGAAGAAGUACUUGUGGGGCUUCACGGUCUUCGGCUGGGGUCUGCCUGCCAUCUUCGUGGCUGUGUGGGUCAGCGUGAGAGCCACCCUGGCCAACACCGGGUGCUGGGACUUGAGCUCCGGGAACAAGAAGUGGAUCAUACAGGUGCCCAUCCUGGCCUCCAUCGUGCUCAACUUCAUCCUCUUUAUCAACAUCGUCCGGGUGCUCGCCACCAAGCUGCGGGAGACCAAUGCCGGCCGGUGUGACACGCGGCAGCAGUACCGGAAGCUGCUCAAGUCCACGCUGGUGCUCAUGCCGCUCUUCGGUGUCCACUACAUUGUGUUCAUGGCCACGCCGUACACCGAGGUCUCAGGGACGCUCUGGCACAUCCAGAUGCACUACGAGAUGCUCUUCAACUCCUUCCAGGGAUUUUUUGUCGCCAUCAUAUACUGUUUCUGCAAUGGCGAGGUACAGGCCGAGAUCAAGAAAUCCUGGAGCCGCUGGACACUGGCACUGGACUUCAAGCGUAAGGCCCGCAGCGGGAGCAGCAGCUACAGCUAUGGCCCGAUGGUGUCUCACACGAGUGUGACCAAUGUAGGCCCCCGCACAGGACUCGGCCUGCCCCUCAGCCCGCGCCUGCUGCCUGCCGCCACCACCGCCACCAACGGCCACCCCCCACUCCCCGGCCACACCAAGCCAGGGGCCCCGACCCUCCAAACCACACCACCUGCCGCGGCUGCUCCCAAGGAUGACGGGUUUCUCAAUGGCUCCUGCUCGGGGCUGGACGAGGAGGCCUCGGCGCCAGAGCGGCCGCCAGCCCUACUGCAGGAGGAGUGGGAGACGGUCAUGUGAUCGGGGACCGAGCCAGGGUUGGACCCGUGGGCAUAAGGGCUGACAGACGGACCAAGAGAUGGCUGGUUGGACGGUUGCCCGCUCAGGGCUAGGGCUGGGAAGACAAAAGAGGAGAAAAAGAAAAAAAAAAAAAAGAAAGAAAGAAAGAAAAGGGAAAAGG